UAUUUUGACAACAUGGCGGCCCCCACGGUUUGAAAUCGCGGGGAACAGGGGUGGCAAAAGAAUAAAGAGGAGUUUAUGGCCUGGUGAUAAAGACGAGGUUAUGAAGAAAAGGGACUGAUAGAAUUGCUUUACAGGAAGCCGGCAUCAAUCCAUUGAGCUGAACUACUGUUUCCUGUGCCAUAUUAAGUCUUCUGUGGACUUGCCCAAGUAUCUGCUCUUCAUUUUCUUAUUCUGCAUUUCUACCCGCAAUCACCAAAUAGGGUCUGAAGUUUUUCACGAUGCCGGUUUCAACAUAUGCUUUACAACAGAUGGCAAUAUAUUUAGGAAUAGUUUCUGGAGGAGGAUGUGCAGUGAUGUAUUAUCUUAUGCAACAAAAUUUUGCCAAGUCAGAAUACUACAAGUUGGCAAUUGAGGAGCUCAAGAAAAGUGACGUAGCACUGGAUGCCUUGGGAGCCCCUCCUCUCCAGAUCCGAAAUAUCAAACUCACCGACAGAAAUAAUCGGGUGGAUGGAAUAAGUGCAAGGAUUAAAAUUCCAGUAAGUGGAAACAAAUCAGCUGGUUAUCUCCACACCUAUUGUAUCAGAGACACAGUAGAAAAAAGAUGGUUUUUGCAAGAAGCCACUUUACAGUUGUUAGAUGGUCAACAGCUUUCAGUUUACAGCGUGAACAAGGAUGAAGACCAAAGUUAAUGCAUGUGUGAUGGCUUUUAAAGUUGUCGUCAAUAUAUUUAUCCUGGAAGUAUCUGGAUGUGUUUAAUAAAUCUAUACAAAUCAAAA